GCUAGGGUCGAACACCUUUUUCUCUUUUUCACCUUUCUAAAAGCAGUUUGCUGAGGUUUCUUUCCUCUAUCCAUAUCCAUAAUUCCAUAUAUAGCUAUAGAAGGUUUUCCGUUUUCUCUUAUCCUCCCUCCCUCUCCCUCUCUCUCUUGCGAGCCCAAGAAAGGAAAAGGCUAAUCCUUCUCUGCAGAAGACAAGGAAGCCUUCUUCCUCUUUGUUUUGAGGCGCCACACGCAAGGGAAAAGAGAUAGUUUUUUUGUCUUCGGAUUGUAUCGCCGCACAGGGAAAAAAGGAAAGGAGUUUUGCCCAGUGAAGAGAAAUCGCACCGCAGGAGAAAAAGGAAAAAAUCUGGAGGGUGCAAAGCUCCGAUGUCGACGAUUUCGAUUUACAGGCCUGAAUUCCUGACAUUUCCCCUUCCCCGUGUGGGUCUUCCAAAUCAUCGCAAAUUCCAAAGAAUAAAGGCAUCUUGGACAAUGUCAAUGGAUUCGAAGUCUUCUUCUUAUACAAGGAAGAAGGAAGAGCUCUUGGUGGAGCUUCCAAAGCCGUCGAUUCCUCAAUUGGGAUCGUCGACGCCGUCCGAUCUCCGGUUCGACCGGCUGCAGCCGUCGGAUCAGGAAUUAGUUCAAGAGAAAAGAUUUCAAUUCGGACAGUUCGUGGCGCGAGAGGCCGUGCUCGAUGAAGAGUAUUGGACAGCAGCAUGGCUACGAGCAGAGACUCACUGGGAAAAUCGAACAAACGAACGAUAUGUUGAUAACUUCAAAAGGAAAUUUGCAGAUGAGGAGUUUAAUGUCAUAAAAAGCCGAUGCAGAGGGCAACCUGGGCAGAAAUACACGUGUAUUGUCACGGUUAAGAAGGAAUUGAGGAAUGCGAAACGCACUGUACUGAAAAGUGUAGUUGGAACCCUUGAUUUGAACAUCCGGUAUUUGUUGCAUGGAGAGACUUUUCCUGGGGAACGGGUGAAAGCUCCUCUCUUCUGCAGCCCAAAUAGAUAUGGCUAUGUUGCAAACUUAUGUGUGGCCAAAUCUGCUCGUCGCCAGGGUAUUGCCAGCAACAUGUUGCAUUUUGCCAUUGAAUCGGCCAAAUCAGAUGGCGUGGAACAGGUAUAUGUGCAUGUGCAUAGAAGCAACAUGUCUGCACAGGAACUUUACCAAAAGAUGGGCUUUGAGAUGGUCGAAGAGGCAAGCUCUCAAUUGUUAGAAGAUCAAACUUACUUGCUUUGUGUCAAGACAUAGGAACUCCUUCAACACAAAAUAUUCUUUUUAUUUUUUUCCUUUUGUGUGAUGAAAACAAUCAAAAUAUAUUGUACACAGAUUGUAGCAUACUUCAUGUUUACAGGCAAUCCAGAAUUGCGGCGGUGAUUCCCAAGUUCCUGCAAUGUAAGAAUGACUGAUUACCCAUUAUUGCCUGCAAAAGGCACAUUGCUAGAUAAAAUGUAAUGUGUAUUAUAAAAAGUUGUAAGAUUUCUGCUUCCAAAGGAAUAUGGUUUGCUUUUUAAUGGAUUUCUUUUUUUCUUUUUUCCUCAA